CAUUUAGUGAUUAGAACUAAAUGCCUUUAUGUUAGGCUUGGCACAGUUGCUAAUAUUAUUACAGCGAAAUACCUUCAUUCCGUGCGGCUACGUGCCGUUUUGCAUGGUGCCAUCGUCUCUGGCCUAGAUCCGCUCUUGGCACGUCCGGUAAAGGAGCGUUUGUUUAUAUUUUCUCUGACCUGUUGUAGCGUGGCAUCAGCUCACGCAGCACUUGCUCUCCAGCUUUCAGCCGUACAACACAUAGUUAUAUUCACGCAUUCAUCUAUAGUUCGUUGCAUAGUUCGUUGCAAUUACCAUUAAGAAUGCCACCAAAAAGACGGGCCGCCUUAAAUCACCGCCUCGUAAGGAGCGGGAAAAUAGCCAGGAGGGAACCAAGUGUCCGGCAAGCGACAUCGGCUACUGUGGGAACGAUUCCGCAAUGCAGCUCCAUCAGCCAAUCUGCAUCCCACACCACUUCCAGACAAUCUCUGGCAGGGCUAACAAUCGAGGCAGAGAGGCUCCUUCAGCGAUCAUUGGCGGCAAACACGUGGGCAACUUACCAGGCAGGAACCCAAGCGUUGCAAGUAUUCAGGGCAUCACAAAACCUGGGAGAUGCCUGGCCGGUUCCAAUAACUCAUCUGGUACAUUUCAUUGCUCACCUGUCAGUGUCAGGACAUGCACCGAGUACGGUAAGAACGUAUAUGGCCGGUAUCUCAACGUACCAUAGGCUACACAGCAUGGAAGACCGCACCGGCCACUUUGUUAUUACUAAAAUGAUUACGGGGAUGCAAAAGUGUCAGGGGAGGCAGGAUCACAGAAAACCAAUAACAAUAGACCUGCUCAAAGUAAUUGUAAACAACCUGCAAUUUGUCUGCUCUUCUACCUAUGAAGUAAGAUUGUUCAAAGCAGUAUAUUGCUUGGCCUUCUUUGGUUUCUUUCGGGUGAGUGAACUCGUGCAAACCAAACUUUCUCAGCCAGGGUGCGCUUUCUUGGACCUAGAAGUCCAAGACACGACUAAGACAGUAACAGUCGCUCUAAGGCAUUCAAAAACCGACAGGCACUCACAUGGCAUAGUUGUUUCCAUUUCCGCCAUACCUGGCCACAAUCUGUGUCCAGUGGCUGCAGUUAAAGCAUACCUAACAGUUCGAUCACAGGGUCAGACUCAAGCUUUCGUACACUUUGAUAAAUCUCCCCUGACCAGGUAUCAAUUUCAGGCCGUGCUAAAAAGAGCACUGGCGCAUAGCGGCAUCUGCACAGCAGCAUACUCUUCUCAUUCCUUCAGGAUUGGCGCAGCAACGACAGCAGCCGGUAACGGAGUGAGUUCAGAUUUGAUACAGCACUUUGGUAGGUGGGGGUCAGAAUGUUAUAAAAGCUAUAUACGCAUACCUGCAAACAUUUAAAUCGCCAACCAUGCGAGAACAGUUUUCUUCCUAUUGAUUCAUGUUUUCAGUAUGGUUGAUUGGGUCCAGCUUCCUGACCCGGGCGAGAGAGCACCUACAGGACAGUGACUUCGGUAUUCCAGGGGGAUGUCUCUGGUUGGCAAGGGGCGGCAUGAGGUGGGAGGAGCUGACCGAGCUGAUAGAUGCCCAGGUCAAAGCAAUGCAGACACCACCAAAGGCGGUGGUGAUUCACCUUGGUUCGAACGACCUGGGUAAGGUAACCACGUGUCAGCUAUAUCAUGAGAUCAAGCUUGCACUCCUGAGGAUACACCUCCUCCUACCCGGUGCUGUCAUUCUGUGGUCAGACAUGCUGCCACGGAGGUACUGGCAUGUAGCCAGCCGUGCCCGGGACCUGGACGGGGCCAGGCAGAAGCUGAACAGACGAGUGGGGAACAGGGCCCGUGAGCUUGGGGGGAUACGGGUUCCUCACACAGUGUUCAACCGGCAGGAGCAGCAACUGUACCUGCGUGACGGGGUUCAUUUGUCACCGGCCGGACUUGAUCUUUUCACACAAAACAUUGGCAGCUCCCUUUCCGCAGUAUGUUUGUAGGAAACAUUUUCAGUAUAGGAUAACACGGUGGGUGUACAUGAGCGCGAAUGGUCGUGGUUGUGGGGAAGCACCUUGGUGCUUGUGGCGGGGUGCUGGUGGACUGCAUUACAAGUUACAUUUGGCGUCUUGGGAUACAUCCCAAAUUAUAAAUUAUUUAGGAUAGGGUUACCCGCUUUACAGCAGGAACCAAUUUAUCCAUUCUGCUUUACAGCAGAUGGCUUAGUGUCCGCUUUACAGCGGAUGGUCAGCUUGGCAACAAUAGUUGCCCUCGCUCAUGGUUUGGCAAUGGUACUUGCCUGGCAGCGAUAGCUGCAUAGCAACAUGGGUUGCUUGGCAACGGUAGUUGCAGGGCAGCGGGCGCUGCAUUGGUAAGCAACAUGGGUUGCUUGGCAACGGUAGUUGCAGGGCAGCAGGCGCUGCAUUGGUAAGCAACAUGGGUUGCUUGGCAACGGUAGUUGCGGGGUAGCAGAUGCUGCAUCGGUAAGCAACAUGGGUUGCUUGGCAGCGGUUGCUGCAGUUGGGGUUGCUUAACAGGGGUUAAGCUCAUUGCCGUAGUCCACCAGUACCUCCACAUCCGCGACCAUUUCAUCCAAUAAUAUCUCGUCUUAAUUUGAAGCUCCGCUAUCAUGCAUGAUGGCGGAGCCUGUCAUAAUGGAGCCAUGUCCUUACAUAAUAGCAUUUAGUGAUUAGAACUAAAUGCCUUUAUGUUAGGCUUGGCACAGUUGCUAAUAUUAUUACAGCGAAAUACCUUCAUUCCGUGCGGCUACGUGCCGUUUUGCAUGGUGCCAUCGUCUCUGGCCUAGAUCCGCUCUUGGCACGUCCGGUAAAGGAGCGUUUGUUUAUAUUUUCUAUGACCUGUUGUAGCGUGGCAUCAGCUCACGCAGCACUUGCUCUCCAGCUUUCAGCCGUACAACACAUAGUUAUAUUCGCGCAUUCAUCUAUAGUUCGUUGCACCCACCCACCCACCCUGUUAUCCUUAAUUCCAAGUUAUUCAAGCUUUGCAGUUGUCAAUUGGUGGAAUUUUACUGGAGCAUAAUGUUUGUAUAUAAUGAUGUUGUCAUGAAUAAAAUGUUGCGGAUGGGCGGGGUGCUGGUGGACUGCAUUACAAGUUACAUUUGGCGUCUUGGGAUACAUCCCAAAUUAUAAAUUAUUUAGGAUAGGGUUACCCGCUUUACAGCAGGAACCAAUUUAUCCAUUCUGCUUUACAGCAGAUGGCUUAGUGUCCGCUUUACAGCGGAUGGUCAGCUUGGCAACAAUAGUUGCCCUCGCUCAUGGUUUGGCAAUGGUACUUGCCUGGCAGCGAUAGCUGCAUAGCAACAUGGGUUGCUUGGCAACGGUAGUUGCAGGGCAGCGGGCGCUGCAUUGGUAAGCAACAUGGGUUGCUUGGCAACGGUAGUUGCAGGGCAGCAGGCGCUGCAUUGGUAAGCAACAUGGGUUGCUUGGCAACGGUAGUUGCGGGGCAGCAGAUGCUGCAUCGGUAAGCAACAUGGGUUGCUUGGCAGCGGUUGCUGCAGUUGGGGUUGCUUAACAGGGGUUAAGCUCAUUGCCGUAGUCCACCAGUACCUCCACAUCCGCGACCAUUUCAUCCAA